AUGAACAAUAACUAUGACGACCCCAUCGAGGACGAUAUCGACGAUAUGGAAGAGGUCCAAACGGACGACUUGGCCGCAUUACCUCAACAUUUGCGGGAUGAGAUCGACCAUGCAUUCGAUCGCGCCGCGCGUGCAGUGACUGGGGAAGAGGACGAUGACUCUGGUAGGAGAAGGAAGAGAAGGAAGCUAAACUCUGGCAUUCCAUCACCCGUGGAGGACAUGGGCGGCGGGUUCCUCGUGUCUGAAGAACCUGGCGGAUUUCUUCCAUCAGACGAACCUACGGGUUCCGAUCCCUCCAAGUCUCACGGGAGCUUACUCUAUCGCUCGCCAUCUUUCCCGUCAACAUCAAGACAAACUCAUAUACCUAUCUCCCUCGUGUCCCGCGCUCUCAAACUUCUCCGCCUGCCGGUGGACGACGAUGCAGUGCUGGCCACGUUCCGAGAGGCGGCCACCGGAUGGGGUGAGAGGGCUGGCAAAGCAGAGGAGAAGGGGGUGAGCAGGGAGGACUGGAGGGCAGUUUGUGCGGUCUUGAUUGGCCAGAGGGAGGAGGGCGAAAUGAAACGGGAUGAUAAUGACGAGGAGGAAGAUGAAGAACCGGAAGGCGAAGGAGGUUUCAUGAUGGACGAAGAAGAGGAGAGCGACCUCACGGAUGACGAGGAAGACAACUAUCAGCCGGAGGACGACGAGCAAGGGUCAUCCCCCAGCUCCGACCAAGGUUCGGAGUACGAAGAAGCACCCGCAUCGAGUAGCAAACCAUUUAAGGACAAGAGGAAGGCAAAGGGCAAAACGCGCGUCAGGGAUCAGGAGCUCGAGCUGUCCGAACUAGGCUACGCAGACCUUUCUGUAAAAAAGAAGCAGGAGGUUAGGGAUGCGUUCGCCUUGUUUUUCGAAGAGGAGAAGGGAAUGAAACCCAAAGAUUUGAAUGGAAAGGGGAAGCAGAGGGAGACCCCGCCGCUGAUUACACGGCGUAUUGGUGCUGCGGACCUGGCGAAGGUGGCCAAACUCCUGAAUGAAAAGCUUUCGGCCGAGGAGAUUGAGGAGAUGCUGGAGAUGUUUACCAGCGCUGCCGAUAAGACGGUCGGUAUCCAGGACUUCUCAAAGAUCAUGAUCAGAGGGAACGUCCUAUAA